GGUGAACGCUUUGCUUCCUGGCUGUGUCAUAGCUCUAUCAACCAUGAACUUUUCAACUGUUCUUUACAUAAGCUUUAGCCUUGCGACUGCUGUUUCCGCUAUUGGUGUCCAGUUCUUGGACUGUCCAGGCAAUGAUGGAACUCUCGGACUACUGAGAAGAUGCUGCCGCAGUGAUGAGCUGCCAAAAGCCUGUGAGUGCUAUGACAUCUCUUCCAGCACUGACUACACCAACACUGCCUUUCAAAAACCUCAGUGCCCAGCUGACAUCAACGUGGUCUUCCACCUGUACAACCGUCAACACCGAACCACGUCACAGCGAAUUCAGUCUGGCGAGACCCGCAUUAAGAGUACCAGCUUCAGCGGUGCCAAGAAGACUGUCUUCAUCGCCCACGGCUUCACGGACAAUGGAAACAACCAAUGGGUCAUUGCCAUGAAGAACGCCCUGCUUGAUGCUGAAGACCUCAAUGUCAUCGCCGUAGACUGGCAACAGGGUUCUAAGGGACCUAACUACUACCAGGCCGCUGCUAACACCAGAAUGGUGGGCUCCAUGGUCGCCCGUCUGAUACAAGAUCUUCAUUCGUUCGGACAAGCUGGUAUCGGGAAUUUUCAUUUGGUGGGUCACAGCCUUGGAGCUCAUCUUUUCGGAUAUGCCGGAAAGGAAGUAUUCCGUUUGACCAAUCAGAAAGUUGGACGCAUCACUGGUAUGGACCCCGCUGGUCCAGCUUUUGAGGGCUACUCCAGCUACGUCAGAAUCGAUUCCAGCGAUGCCCAGUUCGUGGAUAUCAUUCACACGGACGCUGAGCCUCUGAUCAACGCAGGUUUUGGUAUCCGAGGGUCCAUAGGUCACGUUGACUUCUACCCUAAUGGAGGUGUCCACCAGCCAGGUUGUCCUGCUGAAACUUUUGGAUUGCUCUCCAUGAUCAACUUUAGCUCUCAAAAAGAUGGCGGAGCCUGUAGCCAUGGACGUGUACUGGACCUAUUUACCAACUCUAUCCAAAGAUGUCGCUACAACCCACCAGACGGUAACACCGCCUGCACCAUGGGAUACCAUGUCAGCAGAAGUUGCAGAGGAGACCAUAGUCCAGUGACAACCGAUAAAGCGCCAUUUUGUUAGUCCCCAUUUUGUGACACCAUAUAGGCCUACACUUGUUUAUUGUAGGGUAGUCUUGACACCUGAACAUUGGUAUAUUGCUUGAACUAAAUACAUUUUAAACUCAAA